UCUAACUUGUUAUUGUUUUGGAAUCGCGGAGCAGAUACAGCGUAGAGAAAUGACAGUUCAUAAUCGCUCUCGGGACAAUCAAUCCAUGCAAAUAUGAUAGCGACGAAGGCACCGAUGCGUUGAAAUGCGCGUUUGUUUAACCCUUGCAACCAAUGGCAGCUAAGCUACACAGACGACGGAUAUGACCUUGAAUAUUUAGAGCUGUUGCUAAGUGUUACAGGUAUACAUCGAUAUAUAGAAGCUUAGCUGUACUGCUCAGUGAAGCGGAUGGAUUGCCAGAAUGGCAACUUUGACUGGCAGAGGACUGAGGUGAUAUCCCACACAAGCAGUCCUUUCUUUGAUGGGGUAUUACUCACAACUGUGAGGGUGAGUGGAGCACGAGGGCUGUGAUGCUGAAUAUCAACAUGUAUCAAGGAGCCCUGUCCAGAUGUUAUUCACUGACAAGAACAAGGGUCCCUAUACCCACAAACAGGAACCGGUCAGUGGAGUGUUGCAUGAGGCAGUACAGAGGUCUGAGCAGUGGGACACUUGACAGGAGAACAUACAGCACAGGUGUGUCGUCACUACCCCAGCAGGCGAGGGUGGUGGUGUGUGGCGGAGGCGUGGUGGGGUCCUCGAUUGCGUAUCACCUGGCAGAGCGGGGUGUGACGGACGUGGUGUUGCUGGAACAGGGAAGACUGACAUGUGGAACAACGUGGCACUCUGUGGGUCUGAUCGGCUGUGUUCGGUCCAGUCUGACGGAAAUCAAGUUGGUGAACUACAGCAGGAAUCUGUACAGGAGGCUGGAGGAAGAGGGACACGGCCUGGGGUGGAAACAGUGUGGCAGUAUUUUACUGGCUCGGACCAAAGACCGAAUGACAGACCUGAGGCGGAAACAAGCCAUCAGCAGAUACGGUGGUGUGGAAUCCCACAUUGUGAGUCCGUCAGAGAUCGCCGACAUCAACCCUCUUGUACGCCAUGAAGACUUAGUGGGAGGCCUGUAUGUACCAGAAGAUGGCGUCACAACAGCCCCAGAUGUUGCCAUGGUGCUGAGUGGGCUGGCGAAACAGAAAGGAGUGAAGGUGAUGGAGGGUGUGCAACUUGACAGAAUUCUCACCAAAAAUGACCGAGUCUAUGCUGUGGAAACUUCCCUUGGUACAAUCAACUGUGAAUACUUCGUGAACUGUGGAGGACAGUGGGCUCGUGAGAUUGGCAAGAAGUCAUCCCCGGAAGUGAAGGUUCCCCUACACUCCUGUGAACACUACUACAUUGUCACCAAGCCUAUUGAAGGUGUCCCCAGCAACAUGCCAGUUAUUCGAGACUAUGAUGGUUACUGCUACUUUCCGGAAUGGAAUGGCGGUGUUCUUGCCGGAGGGUUCGAGCCGGUGGCCAAGCCAGUGUUCACUCAUGGUAUUCCAGACAAGUUUGAGUUCCAGCUGCUGCCAGAAGAUUGGGACCACUUUCAGGUUCUACUGGAUGAGAUCCUGUUCCGGAUGCCCUGUUUGGAGACAGCGGAAGUGAGGCAGCUCAUCAACGGUCCGGAGAGUUUCACACCUGACUCCAACUGGAUCCUUGGAGAAUCAGCCGAGGUGGCAAACUACUUUGUGGCGGCAGGAAUGAACUCCCGGGGGAUUGCUGGAGCUGGGGGUGUUGGCAAGUACCUGACAGAGUGGAUCUUGGAUGGGGAGCCAAGCAUUGACCUGUGGGCACACGAUGUCCGACGCUUAGCUGGUCUCCAUAACAACAAGCGCUUCCUGCGAGAUCGAGUCAAGGAGGUCCUAGGUGCCCAGUACUCCCUCAGCUACCCCCGACAGUCCGAGUAUAUGACAGGGCGACGACUGCGGACAUCCCCCCUCCACACGCGGCUGGAGGUGGCCGGGGGGUACUUCGGGGAGACCAUGGCCUAUGAGAGAGCUGUGUGGUUUUCCAGACUCGGACAAGAUGAGGACAUUGACUCCGACACCAUCAGUCACCGAGGGACUUUUGGGAAGCCGACAUGGUUCGACAGCGUCCAGGAUGAGUACUGGGCGUGCAAGGAGAGGGUCUGUCUCAUCGACAUGUCCUCAUUCGCCAAGUUUGUCAUCAAGUACGCCAUCCACACCUACGACACACUGAUGCAGUCUGGGAUUGAUUACGGAGUGAGGAAUGCUGGGUACUACGCCAUGCGACACCUACGCAUGGAGAAGUUCUUCGCGUACUGGGGCCUGGACCUGAAUGCCCAGACAACCCCCAUGGAGUGUGGCCGGGAGUUCCGUGUAAACCUGGAGAAAGGUGAUUUCAUUGGCCGAGAAGCCCUCAAGGAACAGAAGGAGAACGGCAUCAAGAAGAAGUUUGUACAGUUUCUGCUGGAAGACUUUGACGUGAACCGUGACCUGUGGCCAUGGGGUGGUGAGCCCGUGUACCGCAAUGGGGUGUUCGCGGGGGUCACCACCACCUGCGGAUACGGCUUCACCCUGGACCGGAUGGUGUGUCUCGGAUAUGUCAGCGAGUAUGAUGAGGACGGCAAUCCCAAACUGAAGAAAAACAUGAACAAAUUUGUGAUGGAGAAAGACGCACACUAUCAGAUUGACAUUGGUGGGAAGCGGUACUCUGCUAAGGCUGGUAUCUACACCCCCAAGUUAGCCAUGUCCACGGUAGAACCUUCCUUUAUUCCAGUGCCAGUGUGAUGUGAUCUACCUCAGAGUCAACUCUCGUCACCAGAAGCUCCAAACAAUGGUGACCUUGUACAAGGUCAAGACAGCCAUUGACAGACUGCCAUGUACCAGAUAGCCAGAAACAUGAUCUCAUUACUUCAGGCGUCCCAAGGGUUGAAUAUACACUGUAUUUCUUUCGUUACUCCUCCAUGUGAAUCCUUACAUGAACAUAUCGUACGUGUGGCAGGAUAGGUUGUGCACAUGUAAGUGUUGGGAAUCGUGUCACUCUGCUCAAGACUUCUACAAAUCAUCAUAUACAUCGUAGGAUCAUUAUAUACACACCAUGUUUCUGUCCUUUAAGCAACAACACAACUUCACUAAUGCAUAACUUUAUGAU